CUUAAGAGACCUUUUUUCUAUCGAUGUAAAAACCUCGUUUCUUUUAUUCAAUUGAGAUACCAUUUUCUUUCUAUUUUGAAAUUAGGAAUGAGUAUCAUAUAAACGACUUGUCUUAGAAUAUCCAUCCAUCAUAUGGACAUGUGAAAGGCGGGGGAUAAAUGGUCAGUUUGUAGAAUAUCCGUUAUGGGUUGGAAACCCUGCAGACCAUAUCGAAAGAAGGAAAAUAACCUUCCAGUCCUACCUGAAGAUAUUGAGUCCCAAAUUUUGGAACUAUUAGAGUUUGUGCAAGAUGUUGCUGUUGCUAGAAUGGUUUGUAAGCGUUGGAAGAGAUUAGUAGACGAAAACUCACAACUCUGGAGACGACUCAAAGGAUUAACACUGCCCAAAAGACUGCCAAGUGAAGCUGAGAAAUGGUAUAGGAAGGCUGCUCAGUGUGGUAACCGAGAGGCAUUGGCACUUCUUGCCUUGCUUUAUUAUUAUGGUUAUCAAAGCCAAGAUAGAACAACUGUUUUUUCGUUGCCUUAUAUUGGAAAUAGUGUUGCUUGUUGACUUUUUGUAAAUAACUUUUUUGUUCACAAAAGAGUUUUUAGAGGACGCAAAGUGUUUCAUCUCGUUCUUUUGGAAUGUGGACAAGACUCCUUGACAGUGCCUUUCCUUACUUAUUUGGAAAUAGAGAUUUUGUUGUGAUACAAUAGAGAAGCUUGUGUUCUCUUUCAGUGAUCUUAGACCA